GCAUGACUCACGCGCAUGACUAAUCCACUUGUCCUCAUACAAUCCAGUCGUGAAAGAUUCAAGAACGUGUUUCAACUGGUACAAUCGCAUCGGCUCGCGCCAACUGAUACGCGUAUAGUACUAGUACUAGUGGAUGAUGUCAUUUUAGAGAAACAGCUGUGGGCAUAGAAGUUUGAUAUUUAAGGCCGGUUUGGCUUGAUCACCAUUUAGAUUCUCAAAUUCGGCAGCAGUCGAAGUGUUACAGCAAGAAAGCUUGAUUAAUAUUUUUGUUUGACUAAUAUCUUUCUGUACAUAGUUUUCUUGGAGUUAGGGAGGCUCGAUCACCGAGUCACCAUGGUGCUGACCGCGGCCUCCCUGAGCCAGUUCCUUCCGGAUGGUUUGAAUCUAACCGGUGGUCUGGGCUUGUUUGGAAUUUUGGGGGUUCUGUUUCCCUACAUUGAAAAGCUUAUUGGGCAUCUUUUUAACUUUAACGUAACCGAAUAUUUCGGUAAAUUUUUUGGAAGUAAUAGUGUGUUGGGAACGUCUUUCGGAAUUGUUGGUAUUGGUGCGCUCGUCGCGUUAUUGCAGCAGAUUUGGAAUUAUGGAUGGAAUCUCUAUAAUGAGUAUUUUUCGAUUUCCUUGGAAAUUCCCAGCUCGGAUUCCAGUUACUGGGAGAUGUUGGAAUGGAUUCAUACAAGGCAGAUGAAAAAUCCCAAACAUCUUAGCCUGCAGACAGAAACCCAGCAGAGCACUAACGGCAAAUGGGAGACUGUUUAUGAAUUUGUGCCAAAUGUCGGAACUCACAAUUUCAAAUUUCAAGGGAAAAAAUUUGUCAUCGAAAGGCGGCGCGAAGAAAAGGCGGAAGCGUACUCCAUGAAUCGGUUGGAGAAUGUCAUUCUGUCUGCCACUGGAUCUGAUACCACAGUCUUUCGUGAUAUGUUAGCCGCCGUUAAAAAAUAUAAGGAGAUUAAAAACCAAGGCAAAACAUUGAUGUACACUGCCUCUCAAGGAUGUUGGCAGUCUUCCGGAACCGGCAAACGUAAACGUCCACUCGAUUCUGUGAUUUUGGAUGACGGUGUGUCCGAGCGCAUUCUCAAUGAUAUUCAAGAUUUCAUGGACAGCUCCGAAUGGUACAGCCAGUUUGGUGUGCCCUACCGUCGGGGCUAUCUGUUAUAUGGUCCCCCCGGCACCGGGAAGACCAGCUUCAUUAGUGCCUUGGCUGGUCAUUUUGAUCUCAACGUGUGCGUUCUGAACCUGAGUGAUAAGAGCCUGACUGAUGACGGUUUGAACCGGCUUCUCAUCGAUGCACCCGAAGACUCGAUUGUUUUGUUGGAAGAUGUGGAUGCCGCGUUCGGUAACCGUGAAGAUGCUACGGAACCCAAGGGCACCUCCAGCUCUGAUUCCGAGCAGAAAGAAACGACUGCUUCGCAUUCCAGCACUGCGUUCGAAGGGAUGAACAGGCUGACUUUCAGCGGACUUUUGAAUGCGCUGGAUGGUGUGGCGUCGGCAGAAGGGCGGAUUCUUUUCAUGACCACAAACUAUGUCGACCGGCUCGAUGCGGCUUUGGUUCGUCCGGGACGUAUUGAUGCGCGCCAGUAUGUCGGUUAUGCCUCAGAAUCUCAGGUGGACAGAAUGUUUCGCCGGUUCUAUCGGAAGUGCACAGAUGAUGAUGCCGCUCGGUUUGUGAAAGCUGUCUUCGAUCGUCCAGAGCGGCCCAAUAUAAGCCUAGCCCAACUGCAAGGAUUGUUUCUUCAGUACAAAAGCAACCCUGCCGACGUGUUCUGUGGGAUUCCGAUGCUUUAUGAAUAAUUGUUCGGCUACACAUUUUGCUGAUAACUUCGCAUGAUCUCCGUCUUAAAUUUUAUUAAAGAAACAGUUAGUUUACUUAUUGCUUUUGAUAAACGUCUUAAAACAAAUGUUUUGCUGCGAAACAUUUAUGAUAUGUAGCUUAACAUUUUGAUAUGGUUAUGGUGGUUCAAUGGUUUUUGUGUCUGCAUAUGGAUAAGCUUGAAUUUUCGAAAUACAUUUGCGAGGUCGGUUUUGGAAUUUACGUUCGUGAAAUUAUGAACAAGCAAAUAAAUGUCG